GCUGGGGGUCCAUCGCGCGGAGCGUCCUCCUCGCCUGCAGUGGGCGGCGGCGGCGGCGGCCUCGGGCGAGGUCUGGUAAAGGGCAGCAGGGAAGUCUGGGGCCAGGGGGGCCUGGAAACUCUCUGAGUGGCCAUUGGCCGCCGGCUGUCCCUGUGCCUGAGGACGGCUUUUGCAUCCCGACGUCACCACCCGGCCCCCGCCUCACGUGUUGCAGCCCCCAGGUCGCCUCUGCAGACAUAGCCGCCAACUUACUGCCUGUGAGGCUGUGUCCUGUCACCCGCCGGAUGCCAAACGCCGUGCGGAGUGACUUCGAUUUUUGCAACAGCCCUGCAAGGUCGGCCCAUGGCGGAUUCAGCUGGUUCAAGUGAAACUUCCUAUCUGCUCCCUCCAAACAGGGAGGACUGGGAAGGGCACGGCAUCCCUGACUUUGUCUACGGACAGAAGGAACUCACGCGGGAAGGGAUCCAGUGGCCGAGGACCGCGCCCAGCCUCCCGGACACACUGCCUCUGUCUCGUUUUGACUCCGAGCUCUGCUCUGCCUGGAGACAGCGGAUGGAGCUGGGGCUGUUCCGCUACCGCCUGGGGGAGCUGCAGACCCAGACGCUCCCUGGUCCCAUGGGCUUCGUGGCUCAGCUGAAUGUGGAACGAGGGGUGCAGAGGAGGCGCCCCCAGAACAUCAGGAGCGUCAGGCAGGCCUUUGACCCCGAAGAGUUUAACUUCAACAAAAUCCGGCCGGGAGAAGUCCUCUUCCGUUUGCGCCGGGAGCCCGAUCCCCCGGGGGUUCUCCGGCAAGAGGAUAUCCUGGCACUCCGGGCCGGGCUGGAGGCCGUGCUGCUGAGCUCACACCCGGGCUUUCGGGUCGGCUUCAACAGCCUGGGCGGCUUGGCCUCCGUGAACCACCUCCACCUGCACGGCUAUUACCUGCCCCACAGGCUGCCCGUGGAGGGGGCACCAAGUGAGCCCCUGGACCCUGGGGGCCGUUUGCACCUGCUGCAGGCUGUCCCAGCUCCCGGCUUCCUCUUUUACACCCGCGGGCCAGGCCCAGACUUAGAAGCCUUGAUAAGCAGGGUGUGUCGCGCCACCGACUAUCUGACUGCCCGUGAGAUUGCACACAACCUGUUUGUGACCCGGGGGGCACCACCUGGAAAGACUUCCUUUUCCUCAACCCUCACAGGGGUCCGGGUAAUCCUCUGGCCCCGGAAGUCCAGCUUUGGGGUAAAGGAGCGUGAGGCGUUCAAUGUUGCCCUUUGUGAGCUGGCCGGGCACCUCCCUGUGAAAACGCCCCAGGACUUCAGCAGCCUGAAUGAGGCGGCCGCGCUAGCCCUCAUUCAGGACUGUCUGCUGCCCCCAGCGCAGGCAGAAGAGGUACGGGCAGCACUGGUGGCCUUGACAGCCCAGGAGGAGCAAUAAUUAGGGCAUUUCCGUCACUG